UAAUUUAUGGUCGUCGUAUAAGCUCAUUGUUGGCAACAAAUUGUGGUUACAAAAAUUUAAUGGUGGUUAUUAUUUAGUUGCAUAACAGUUCGAAAAAAUGCUUAAAAACGCAACUCCGUUUAUAAAAUCAGUUACCCAAGUAGUACCAAAUGGCCUCAAAACAACAACAAAAUGCGCAAUCAUUUCGAAGAAGGCUAAAAACUUGGCACCUGUUAAUUUGUUUGUCCCACAAAUAAAUUUAGGUAAAUCAGCUGUUUCCUCUGGCCCGGCUGUCUCUUUCCAAGUACGUUUGGCCCACACUGACAUUACAGUACCGGACUUUUCCAACUACAGAAGAAAAGAAACUCUCAACCCCAACCAAAAGAGUGCAGAAACACUGGAUGCUCGGCAAAGUUAUACCUAUCUUAUAGCUGGAGCUGGGGCUCUAGGGGCAACGUAUAGUGCUAAAUCCCUCGUGACGUAUCUUCUUUCGUCUAUGAGUGCUUCUAAAGAUGUACUAGCUUUGGCCAAGAUUGAAAUCAAAUUAAGUGAAAUACCUGAAGGUAAAUCUGUUACUUUCAAAUGGAGAGGUAAACCACUAUUCAUCAGGCAUCGAACUGCUGAAGAAAUUGCCGCAGAACAGGCAGUUGCCCCAUCAACUCUACGAGAUCCUCAACAUGAUAAUGAUCGAGUAAAACGUCCCGAAUGGCUAGUUGUUCUGGGAGUAUGUACCCACUUGGGAUGUGUACCAAUUGCUAAUGCAGGUGAUUUUGGAGGCUACUACUGUCCCUGCCACGGGUCUCAUUACGACGCUUCAGGAAGGAUUCGCAAAGGACCGGCACCACUCAACUUAGAAAUUCCCGAGUACGAGUUUCCUGAAGAAGGACUACUAAUUGUAGGAUAGAUGCAAUUUAUACAGUAACUUACUAUGUUACUCACAUUUCAAGUAAAAUACUAAAAUGAACACACUAUGUAUUAUGAUUAAUUAAAUUAUUAAAACGA